AUGGCCAGCUCCUCUCAGACAAAUGAUUCUCUUGCUGUUAUAAAGUUAAGAUCAAACAAGAUACCAAGUUCGCUGAUGCCAAAUAAGGACCAGCGCUUCCUUUUGUACUUCAUCAUUGGUACCUACUUUGGGCCAGAUUUAAAAGGGGAAAAGUCCCAUAAGUCAGUUUUGCAAAGAAAAGCCGAGGGACUUCCACCCUAUACUUCUGACCAACUAGCUGGUUCGCAUAUAGAAACUGCACAACUAGAUUGGAUAUACUAUUAUUUACUCCGCAAGGCUACUAAAUCUUUAGCGGUGAAGUCACUUGAUGAACCUGCUGCUAUCUAUCCUCAGUUUCCUGAUCUUUUUCCUCCGGAUUUGCAUCCUCAUUCUCGGUUGAAAAAUCAUUAUAAUAUCAUUGAAAACAUUGUAUUUAUUGACAACCCUGAAAUUUCUUGCAUUAGGAUUGAGGAUAUUGCAAGGUUUGCAAGGCUAACUGGACUAGAAGAUUUUUUCUUGGAUAUAGAUGCUGCAAGGUUGCAUGGUUCUUUUGACAGUGGCGAUUUAUAUAAUGUGACAGUGCAGGAGGCUAAAUCUGCUGGAGAUUUGUCUACCAUUGGAUAUUCUUUUGGCUCCCAGAAAACAAGAGGAGUGCAAGACGUUUUAGGAUGCAAGGAUCAACAUUUUCGUAGCCCACCACCAAUCAAGAGUACAUCCACCGAUGCAACCUUGACAUAUAAGGCUCCUGUUCUAAUACAAGAUGAGACCUAUAGUGCUAAGAAAGAUGGUGCAGCAAUGAUAUUUUUUCCAUCUCCUCCGACUGAGGAAGAGUUGGCUAAUAUUGCUGCAGCCACUAAAAGUGGAACUGCAUUGACUGGCACUGCAGCCAUGGGAAAGGUUGGGCCAAUUGUAGGACUCAUGGGCAUUGGUGAAUGUGAAGACUCUUACCUGUUCCGCGUCUCUCUUCCAGGGGUGAAAAGAGAUGAAAGUGAAUUUAGCUGUGAAGUAGAAAAUGAUGGCAAGGUAUUAAUACGGGGAGUGACAACAACCGGUGAGAAAACAGUAUACAGGUUCUCGCAAACGUUUGAAAUGCUAUCACAGAACCUUUGCCCACCAGGGCAUUUCUCAAUCUCGUUUCAAUUGCCAGGGCCAGUCGAUCCUAAACAGUUUUCGGGGUAUUUUGGCACUGAUGGGAUUCUUGAAGGAAUUGUGAUGAAAAAGAUACCUAUCUAAUUCAUGCCUUGUCUGUAACCUCACAUCUCAAGCAUAAGAAGAUUACCAUGAGUUUUGUCAAAAUCAUGUAUGACUCAGG